AUGGAGACAUUCACUGAUCAGCAGGUUGACACGUUCAUGGCCGACGUGGACGACUACCCUCAGGAGGAAGACUGCGCUCAGAUGGACGCGAGCACAUCGUCCUAUCGCAAGCCAGCGACGCCUGACCAUGUAAGCACCAGCUCCAAGGAAUCGAUCUCGGCCCACCGGGACUUCCCUAUCCAACAAUUCUACACCUACAAGCACUUCGGGUGCAACCACGACUACCACCCCGCGCACCACGCCCAGGUGUCGGGCGGCGUCGAACUCUCGGAGCCAGAGCGGAACGUCCGCGCCGCGUUUGAGCCGUCGACUCUGUAUGUCAUCAACCCGAGAUGGUGUAAGUUCGACCUGGGCCUGCGCGAGCAGAGGUACAACUCCGCCGCGACGCUCCGCUGCGAGAAGAUUGACCAGUAUGGCAAGUCCGCCGAUGCCAAGGGGAAGCUGAAGCAGUACGUCCGCGGCAUUGCCGCUGGCCGGAUCGCAGCCUUGACGAUGUCCCUGGAUGAAUGUGCGGCUGUCGCCCGUGACCCCUUCGCAGACGAGCUCAUGACUUCGAUGGAGGGGUUUACUAUCAGGGCAGAUGAAGAUACUAUCAGGGCAGAUGAAGACGCGGAUAAGCUUGCUGACAUGAUGUCCGCCAUGGCGAAUAUCAUUGAUGAGCUCGAGCAAGACUUCAUGCUGGCUUUCCGCGAGCAGGAGUCGUAUGAGAAGGGCUACCGAGAUGGUCUUGCUUACCAAGCUCUGAUGGAGACGGAAUCCUUCGCGACCCCCACAAUGAAGAUCCAGAAGCUAGUCCCCCGUGCGUGGUAG